AUGGCGCGGUUUGCCAAUCGCAUGGAGAACACUGCUCUUCGAGCAGCUUCCUUCUUCUGCUACCUUAUGACCUUCAUUUCUUCCAUUAUCGUCGUUGGUAUCGUAGGCAACUUCCUGGAGCGUUUCUCGAACCGCGGCGUGGAUAUCGUCUACAUUGAAGUCAUUGCUGUCAUCACAAUGGUGGUGUACCUCAUUGGAAUGGCCGCCCCGUGGUUGCCAAGAUACGGAGGGCAUCUGAGUCCCCUCCAUCUCAUCUUUAGCUAUUUGUGGCUCACGGCAUUCAUCUUCACCGCUCAGAGAUGGAGUCACCAUAGAUGCAGAAGGGGCAUUCCCGUGGGUGGACAAUGUGGCAGGAAGCACGCGGUUGAAGCAUUUACCUUCCUCGCCUUCUUCUUUAUCCUAUGUAAUCUCAUCAUUGAAGCCCUGCUCUACAGAGCUCACCGACGGACUCUGGACAAUGAGCCCACUCACCACCACACCAAAGAACGACCAGCCUCUGGCGUUUCCGGUGUUUCUGGAGAUACUGGUGUCACCGGCAAUACCGCACCACCGCCAGCAGCA